AUGGCGGGCAUCCCGCAUUCCAUGCAUUCGCAUGCGGCCCACCAUGGACAUACGGCCUCCCGACCUACCGAUCUCUUCAGCUUCGCAGAGAAGGAGCACGACGAGGAGCCGGAGGUUGGGCAAACUGGCCUCAUGGCCCUUGGGACGACAUUGCUGGCAUCCGGAGAGCUUGAGUUCGAUGAAGACCUCACGAAGGUCCAGCAGGAUGAGGCCCUGUAUAGUGCCGUGAACACCAUGAAGCGUCACAAGACGAUCACGUACGACGACAUUGUUUUAUCCCGAGGAGUCAAGCAGAACGUUUACCUGGAAUACAUCAAGUUUGAGAUCGACAAUGAGAACACCUUUCUGGAGUUGCCUCUCACUGUCGUGGUGCUGGUUUCCUUCACGAUUCUUGCGCUAAACAUACUGCACCAGGAACAGCUCUAUGCCAUAGAGGAGGCAUUCGAACGAGACAUCACCGAGAACGCAAAUUUUGCUUGGAGCGGAGACUUUGGACACAAAGGUAUCGAUCAGGUGCUUUCUGUCGCUGACUUCUGGUCAUGGAUGCGGCUAGGAUUCCUGUCCCUGCUAGCAAGGUCUCAGUGGCUUUACAGCGAGACGGCGCCCGAGGCUCUUGGUGGCCCGGUCACUGCCGGAACCUCCUACAAUGUGAGCUUGUUGCCAGCGUCUUGGCUCUUUGCGGGCUAUGAGAAGCCGGCACCGGUUGCGAACGACUACCUCCAGUACUCCAAGCUUGUUAGCGGCGUUCGGAUGAGGCAAGCAGUGUCAGCCGCUGACUCGCAACUCUGCAUCUUCCCGAACAGCCUGGACCCGCAGCUUGAGAAUGGCUGGCUCCGGAAGCCUUGUUUUCCAUCGGAGUUGGGCUUGCUGUCCCCGGAGCUCCAAGAGGCCGAAGGUUUUCAGGGUUUGGAGCGCGAAGAGUUUUUGUUUCCAGAUCUCUCGAGCAUAAGCGAAAUGACUCGGAAGAUCUUGGACAUGGAGGAUGGGUGCCACUCCUCGUCUUUUGUAAGUAGCAGCUGCCUUUGCAACUGGUGCCAAGGGCAAACGCCACCUCAGCCCUGGAUAGAUGAACGGACCGCGCGCAUUGAAAUCAGCAUGUUGCUGUUCAAUCCUCAAUAUGGGUCUUAUACCUACGUGUCGGUGAAUUUUAUGCUGAAUCGCGGUGGGCAUAUUCAUGCCUUCUCACAUUCCCUAUCUGCAUUUGUGAGUCCAUUUCAGAGACCUUUUUGGGAGCUGGUCCUGACGGUCAUUGCUGCACUACUGUGGGUUGCUGCUCUGCUGUACGCAUCUGUGGCUGAGAUCUGGGAGAUGAUUCACACAGUGCGUCAGUCAAGCAACCGCUUCUACCGAGCACUCUGGCAGGAGUAUCUGGGCUUCUGGAAUUUUGUUGACUGGGCAUCUGUGCUCGUUGGCACGCUCACCAUUGGCUUUUGGAUUCAAGGGCGCCUGGCCGUCGCCGCCGUGAAUGAGCUGUUGCCCUCCAUGAUCCAAGCCAGUCUUGCGCCAGAUGCGGGCUAUGAAGCCUUGGCGCGAAGCGUCUUCGCACGCGCCGAGGUCAUGAGCAAGGCCAAGAAAGACAUGGAGUUCCAGAUGAUGGUCUAUCCCCUGAUCAUCAUGCUUAGGAUCUUUCGCUCCUUCGAAGCCCAGCCACGGCUGGCCAUCGUCACCGCUACGCUGAAGACGGCAGCUCCGGAUUUGGCACACUUCUUCAUGAUCUUCUGGUGCGUCUACUUCUGCUUCGUCGUCAGUAGCCUGCUCUUCUUCGGGCAAGACCUGGAGAGUUUUAGCACACUCGACCGGGCCCUUCACACCUCUUUCCUUGCAAUGUUUGGAGACUGGGACUGGGUUGGGCUGAGAGAUGUUGGUAUGAUGAGGUCCGCUGCGUGGUUUUGGCUCUUCAUGAUCGUGAUGGUCCUCUUCCUUCUGAACAUGCUCCUGGCCAUCAUCAUGGACGCCUAUCAAGUGGAGAAGUUUAAGGCCUCCGACACGACCACACUCUGGCAGCAGAUUCUUGACAUGAUCCAGCGAUGGCGACAGUACAAGAGGGGUGAGUGCGUGCGACUGGCCGACAUCUUUGAGGUGUUUCGGAAGGAGUACAAGGGGAAGGAGAAGGAGAUGAUGUCGAGCGAGCGCGCCAUCUCUGUUGAGUUCCUCGUCACGCGGGUGACGCGCAUGCCUUACAAGCAGGCCUACAAAACCCUGGUCGAUGCACUGAAAAGGGAUGAAGAGCUGAGGAAUGGGUUUAUGAGCGAGGAGCAGGUGAACAAGCAAGUGCAGUCCACUUUGGAGGCCUUUGCUUUGAAGAUCAAAGCAGUCUUGGAGGACGUGGAGUUUGUUGCAGAUCAGCUGGAUUUCUGGGACCGGCUGCAAGCGCCCGGCGACUCUGAGUACGACUUCUACUUUGGUGCAGAAGGCCACACUCCGGAUGAGGCAUCCAAGCUUUGGAUUCACAACUCCAUCUCCUCAAUAUCUGUGGAGCUGCAGCAUCUCUUCGCCAGAGGCUUGCAAAGAAUUGGUGUCUGGCAAGACGAGUUUGAGUGUGAGCAGAGCGAGCUGAACGAGAAUCUCUUGGAGGUUCACCAGGCCAUGCUACAGUUGCAGGAUGCCGUGCAGAACCUGCAAGUCAUCGUCGACUCCAUGGACGGCAACAAGGAAGAAGCGCCCAACCCGCCUGGUUGA